CGAAGGUGCCCCUAAUAAUCAACAAGAAAACUGGACUUAUAAAGGAAGGAUUAUUAUUCAUUGAUCAAUGAAAUAAAUGCAACAUUGUGUUUUACAUAAGAAACACAACAGAGAAAUUAAAGCUUAUAGAAAUGAAAUGCAAGUUUUGAAAUAAAAUAACAAUGAAAUGAUUGAUGUAAGAUUUGAUAGAUAUGUCACAGUUAAUCGUGUUAAUGUUCUCUUAUAUUAAAAUAAAGACUGUUGAAGUGGAUAGAUGAGCACCACCCAGAAAAUAUGUUGAUGCUGGAUGUGUUCCUACAGAUAAAUCUGCAUGUUUAUCCAUAUGAUCAGCUUGCUAAGCUGGAAUUAUUAUAUAUGUGUGCAUAAGCGAUCAUCCUAUGGGAAAUAAAAUGUUAAAAAGUAGUGACUGCUUGGGAAAUCAAUUUAAGAUUUGACUUUUUUUAAUUGUUUGAUAAUAUUUAAUUAAUAUGAAAAUUAUUAGGUUGGAGGGUCAUUAAGAAAACAUCUCAUAUUGAUUGAAGCACUUUUACAUUAAAAUGGGAAACAAUCUUCUUUUUUUGGUUUAAAACUUGGUUCAUUUGGUGUUUCAUCAAUAUUUAUUGAUCCAAAUGGUAAUUGUCUUCUUUUGUGGUCAUUUUUAUGAACUGUUUAUUGACAAGCAUUCCUCAUAAAAAUAAACUUUCUCAUUAAAAACAGUACUCCAUUUGCCUGCUUAUGAGCUAUUUAUUUCACUGUGGCUAUUGUUAGUACAGAGCUAAGUUUUAGGAGAACAACCCCCCACUGUUGGGAUCAGCUGAUAUUAUCAGAUUAGGGUUCCAUUUAGUAGCUGUGUAGUAAUUGAUGAAGUUCUGUUCUCAAUGCUUAAUUAGUGAAUACUUAAGUUGGAUAAAUCGCCCAUUUCCUGCAGUCUUUGAUGGUGUCUGUUAGUUAGGGGUAUAAACUUCAUCUUAUCUGUAUUAGCCACUGUAGGAUCUUGACGAUGAUAAAUGUGCUCUGUACGUUGCUAUUGAUACAGAAUUGUCAGAUGUGUAGAACCUAACAGCCUCCUGUACGGCAGCUAGCAAGUAAAGUGCACCGCGGAAUUACUGUGUGAUAUUGACAAGUUGAAAUGUGUUAAAGUAAUUAGAUACUAAUAUGAUAUAGUUAUUGUACAAGUUGGAAGAUGUGAUGAUUUGUGGGAAGGAAUUCACAAGGAAUGUGUUCAAACCAAAAUGCUAUAGACGGCAGCAUCCUCUGAACAUCCUGCAUAUAAAGGAGUGAAUAGCCAGAAUUAGGAUGGAUAAAACUCAUUCCGCCAGGACUUUUGUGUUUCUCUCUGACAUUUUUCUCGGUGUAUGACCAGACUACAAAUUUGUUUCCUUGACUGACUAUUAGGACAGAAUGGCGGACCAUCAAGACUUGGUUCAGGAAAUCCCAAGUGUGGAGCGCAUGGGAACGCAGGAACGGUUGAAACACGCUAAAAAACGUCGCUCCCAACAGCUGAAGAAAUGGGCUAACUAUGAUAAACAGCUUGAUAAGGACCAUUCAAAAAAGGCAAAAAAAGGUCAGCCACCAAAAAAGCAUCCGCGACGGCAAAAGACUACAAGAGUUCGCUUCAAAGGAAAUAUAAUGUUGCUGGAGUCAGCAGCUCGCAAUGAUCUGGAGGAUGUGAAGCGUCUUCUGAGUGCCGGAGUCAACCCUGAUGUAACCAACGAGGACGGACUGACCGCCCUACAUCAGUGUUGCAUUGAUGACAAUGAAGAAAUGCUGAAGCUACUAUUGGAGUUUGGCGCGGCUGUAAAUGCACGAGACACAGAGCUGUGGACCCCACUGCACGCUGCAGCAACAUGUGGUCAUGUACAUUUAUGUCGCUACCUCAUAGAUAAGGGUGCUGAACUUUUGGCGGUCAAUGCUGACGGAAAUAUGCCGUACGACAUCUGUGAAGAUGAGGUCACGCUAGACUACAUAGAGACAGAAAUGGCUAAAAGAGGUAUAACACAAGAAGACAUCGACGAUACACGACUGGUUCCUGAAAAAAAGAUGCUGAAUGACCUUAAACAGAUUGCAAAGAGAGGCGGAGAUCUAGAAUUUAUCAACUCCGAUGGUGCCACCCCAUUACAUGUUGCUGCUGCCAACGGUUACCAGGAGGUUGCCGAGUUUCUACUUGACCACCAUGUUUCAGUAGAUAGGCGAGAUUUCGACUCAUGGCAACCAAUCCAUGCUGCUGCCUGCUGGCUACAGCCAGAAAUCCUGGAGAUUCUGGUGAAGAACGGGGCUGACAUUGAUGCCAAGACACGGAAUGGGGAGACAGCAUUUGACUUGUGUGAGGAUGCUGAAAUUCGACAAAAGAUCUUAGACAUGAAAGAUGAAAUUGAGACGAACAAAGCAAGUCGAACGAAGGACAGUGUUCGUCGUAGCGCACGUCACACCAGUAGAUCAGGCCACUCCCACAACUUAUCAAAUAGCUCAGGUUCAGUGACAAACUCCAACACGUCUCUGAACGAGCACUACGAACACCCUCAUCACCACCACAAAGCCAGCAACAGUGCGUCAAUCAGAAGAAGCAGCAUGAGGGGAGACAAAUCUCCGCUCUUCAUGAAGGAGGCUCGGGAGGAGGCACUUCACUUUGGAUGGCGACAAAACGGCGAAGAAGAAGACUUGAUGGAGGAUGAUAAAGAGAAUAGCCCAGCAACAAACAUUGAUGAUGUCCAGAUUAUCAUAGAUGAAGAGAAACCUGAACCACCAAAGCAAUCCAAGCAAUCAUCACAUCCACCAAAACAGGUAUCACAGCCACCUAAAACCACGUCACCGCCAGCAAAAACCACAUCACCACCAGCAAAAACCACGUCGCCCUCAUCAACACGGCAACCAAAGACUGUUGAUACUACAGCACCCUCCAAAACUUCUCCCAGAAACCGGUCCACCGACAGACCACAUGGAGAACGCCAGUCAACCAACUCAAGGUCAAGCAGACACGAGAGUCCGCCUCAAGGUCAGAAGGCUCGCCCCCAGCCUCCCCCUGCAGGGCGACAGGAACGCCCAAGUUCACACGCAGAAACCGUGUCAGAUAAACCCAACAUUCCAAAGUCUGUGUCGGAACAGGAAGUUGUUCGGCGAAGGCAGCAAGAAAAACGGGGCGAGGCCCCUGGUUCUCGUGCCAAGUCAAACUCGUAUCAACUGAAUAAUAGUGAAUCAGUGCCCGCAGCCCCCAAUGUCCGCUAUCCCUCUGGGCCGCAAUCUAUAACUCUAGCAGAUCUAAAAAGACAGCGCGCCGAGUCAAGGAGCAGGGAGAACAGUUUAACAGACAUUAGUUCUCAAGUGCAGAACAUGUUUAUCCACAGUCUUAGCUCGAAUGACAGCAAAAAAUACAGUUCGUCUUCCCUUCCCGGUAAGGAGGUCCCACACAAAGACAAGAACGGUCACAACACCAACAACAAUACGCAGGGCUACCACCACGACGCGGUCCACAAAUUCAAGGCCCCCAACAGUGCCCCUGUCAUUGGGGAGGAAGAGAAACAUGGCUGCUGUGUUGUCAUGUGAUCAUAGGUGGGCGGGGCUUCAAUGGUUUGGUCACAUCGUAGGAUGUAAAAUACAUUAGGAAAUCGUUAGUGAUUCUAAGAUUGAUAGGACCCUCGGUCCUGGAAAGUGUGCAGCAUCGUGUCAUAGUGAUUCAUGCUGAAUUGUGAUAUCAUUUUUUUAUAUAAAAGAGAGAAUUGUUGUGUGUCGAUAGAUAAACAAAGUUUAAUGAUGUUAUAUUCCGAGAUGUGAAUUGUAUUUAUAACAGAUUGCUUUAUAGAUGUAAAGCUAUAUUUAUUUUCAUACAAAUGUUGAUCAGUUUUUUGGAGAUGGUCUUGUUGAACAAAUGCUUUGUAACUUUUUUCCAGAGUUUGUGCUCAUAUUCUUCUAUCAUUGCUCAAAAUAUCAAAAUGGCCAUUCUGUAAGAAUAUUGCCUGGCAUAUAGAUACAUUGAAUUUUGUUUUUUAUAAUUUUUUCUACAAAAUUCUAAAGGUUAAUGAUAAAAUUUAGAUGUGUUAUGAAUCAUAAAUGUUAUAUGUCACAACUGCCUUGGGAUUAGUGAAACUCCAUUUUCCUGUGUCAUUGAAAGGUUACAUUCCAGACUCUCCUUCAUUGAAAUAAGGCAUUCCCCUCUUUCCACAUGAUGUCCAUACAAACCCUUAUUCACCCUGAAUAUAAAGCAAGUUACGGUAAUAUUGUAUAAGGAGUAAGUGACUGGGAGAGAGUGUAACAUUGCUGUCAAGAAUAUGUAGAACUGAGCAUAUCCCAAUGAAACCUAUUCCUUUGAUUUCCCCCUAGAGAAGUUUAUCCAAGUUAUCAUUUACUUAAGGAAUGCAUAAGGUGUAGAAUUCAUGACUUAUUUUGGAGGCAGCCUAGGGGGGAUUAUGGGCCGGGAGACACCCCACUCCCCCCUUCCCAUUAAGCACUGAUCUGGAGCCACAUAUUUAUGUAUACUGAAUAAAAUGAACACAUCUACUGCACGGCAAAUUGUACCACAGGGUUUUUAGUGUAUAUAUGCAAUAUUUUUCUGUAUAUUUUAUUUUUAGAAGUGCUGUUAACUUAGAAGCUUUUUGCACAUUUAUAUCGAAGCUAUUUUAUUUAUGCAGUAUUUUUAUGUCAAGCACUGGUGUUUUGUUAGGGGUAGAAUGUGAUUAACAGAAUGUAAACAAGAUCAAGUAUCAAAAUAAUGUCUCCAAGGAAUGUAACUUGGAUAGAAAUCAGUUCAUUGAGUAUGUUUCAUGGUUAGGAAGUUUUUUCAGAGGCAAUUCUCUUGCUAAUUGUUUGAUAUCAAUUCCAGAUGUGAUUUUGAUACUGAGUUUUUAGAUUUCUAAUCAAAUUUUUUAUGACAUGUAAUUAAAUGGAGGACAUUUUUGAGAGUGAGCAAUUACUUGUCCAACACUGCUGGUAUUGUUCAGUAUUUAGUGCAAUUUCCCUCUUAAUUCAUCAUCAUGUCUGCUUAAAGACAAAUCAGUUAAACUGGUGUCUGGUAUUAUGUCAUACCAUGGCCAGAUCUUAUCCUGAUUUUAAGCCAACCUACAGAUUUUUUGUCAAAAAUUAUUGAAAUUACAAGUGGCGAAAUAAUUUGAGAAUAAGAAAAUGUUCUGACUUUUCCAGAAUUAGUCAAUUUCAGCAGGUUCUUGGCCUGGUAUGUGGUUGUCAGACAUCAGGAAGGAAAUUCUAUGCAGAUAAUAUGCAUUAGUUUUCCAUUUUUGUACCUUUUUGACCCAAAAUAUAAAAUUUCCAAGCAACAAGUAUAUUUUCAAUCCAUCUUGAUAGCGAGAUGUCAAUGUAAUUAUGUUGGGAGUAUUCGUACACAGGUCGGUCUUUAUCAUUCAUUGGUCAAACUCCUUCUCUUCCUGUGUUUAUAAGAGUAAAUGUGAUCAGAAUAUACAGUAUGCAAUGCCUUUUGUUACUUGUACUUAUAUCAAAUGUACUCAAUGACAAUAAAAGGUUGCCUCAAGAGAUAUAAAAGAAAAUAGAUAUCGGAUUUUUCUAUAUUUGGAGAGUUUUGUUAUGAGUUCUUGUUUUCAUCAGAGGAACAAUGUCACAAGAAUCAAACUUUUCUUCAUGGACUGUUUAUCAACAAUGUCUAGAGAAUGACUUCUUUUAACUGUUAAAAAAAAUCCAAACAGG